AUCUCUCGGUUGUCAACUAGGAUUUGUGGUUAUCUUGAUAAUUUCCUUGUUGUAGUGUUGGAAAAUGUCUUUGUAGAUUUUGAUGAUAAAAGCUAUAAAAAAAAUGAGAAAGUAAAAAAGAGAAAAAAAUAUUGAAAGAAAAAAUGUGGAGAAAAAAAAUUGCAUGAGUUUGAGAGAUUGAAAAAUGGUAAAAAAAGGAUUAUGAGUGAGGUGGGUGGGAGUAGAAAGCAAGAUUUUUGUAAUUCUUGAGGAGGUGGCCUUUGUGAAGAAGAACAUAAUCAAGAUGCUGGAUGCUUUCCAGUCAAGACCCAAAGCUGAUGUCUGGAGAGAAGAUACUUGGAGCUCAUUCAGGUCGAUUAUUCUUGUACACCUGAAGAAGUGCAACUGCAUUUCCAAACAUGCGGAACAGUCAACCGGGUAACCAUUCUGAUGGAUAAGUUUGGACAACCGAAAGGAUUUGCUUAUGUGGAGUUUGUUGAAGUCGAAGCCGUGCAAGAAGCUCUACAACUAAAUGAAUCAGAGCUACAUGGUCGUCAACUGAAGGUCUCGCCUAAGCGAACCAAUGUUCCUGGAAUGAAACAGUAUCAUCCUGGGCGUUUCAACCCUUCAAUGGGAUACCGCUUUCGCAGACCCUUUGUGCCCCCUUAUUUUUAUUCGCCAUAUGGAUAUGGGAAGGCUCCUAGGUUCAGAAGGCCAAUGCGGUUCAUGCCUUACCAGUAGAAACCUUACCGGAAUAAGAACCAAAGAAGAAGAAUAACUAGGAUAGAUAUGAUGCCUAGAGAAUAGAGGUCAUCCCUCCAUUUCGAACUUUAAUUAUGAAUAUGACUUUGCUUUUCUUGAAUCAAACAUGUAAGGAUGAUAUAUUAUAAGCUUUUUUUUCUUUUCUUUGGAUAUGAUUAGAAGUUUGUAUCUUUGUUAUUG